ACUGAAGAUAACGAACACCCUUUCUUCCCUUCUAAUAUCUUAUCUGUCUUCUCUGAUGGUGAAGCCAUCAGCUCAGGACAUCUUCUCUCUUCUCUCAUCUCUUCGGUCGGAGCUUCAAUGGUCGGAGUCGCGAUGAUGUGACGACUUCUCUCGACGGUGCAAAUUGACGACGAUGGAUAUCGAGGAUGAUGAUGACAACGACGACGAAGGGAUAGGAACAACAGGAAUACAAUAAGACAACUUGUUGCUGAAGGGCUUCUGGGACUGGGACUGGGAGUGAUAGAUCCAGGGGUCAGGAAAUAUCCAGUAAGCAUGAUAAAGAGGAUAUUGAUGCAUCAUUUACCAGAAGAUGUUGGUUUUCUCUGUGAUCCAGUUACAACUGAGGAAGUCAGGAAGAUAGUGUUUGGUAUGGCUAGAGGUAAAGCCCCGAGUCCAGGUGGAUUCUCAUUCGAAUUCUUUCACGAAAAUUGGUCUGUGGUGAGUAAUCUGGUUAUCCAGGCCGUCCAAAAGUUCUUCUUAUCAGGAAGGUUGCUCAAGGAGGUAAAUAACACAAUUAUAGCUCUAAUGCCAAAGAUUCCUAAUCAUGAUACCAUGAAACCGUAUAGGCCUAUCUCAUGUUCUAAUUUCUUCUAUAAAUGCAUUUCUAAAUCCAUAGCAUGUAGACUUGGAGAGGUCCCGCCUUCUAUUAUUAGUCAUAAUCAGUCUGCCUUCAUCAAAGGGAGAAUGAUCAGUGAUAAUAUCAUUUUGGCGCAUGAAAUGGUUAAGUGGUAUGGCAGAUAAUUAAAUAUCUCCUCUAGAUGUGCUGCUAAAGGGGAUAUAAUGAAGGCCUUUGAUAGUGUGGAUUGGGGCUAUCUGUUUGAUGCAUUGGAAGCUAUGGAAUUUCCUAGCAAGUUCAUAGGAUGCCUUUAAAACUGUCUAGA